GGAGUUUGGGCGCCUUACUUGAAUUUGCAGACAACCGUCAGUACUCCCCUACCUACCGUGACUUGUUUUCCUCUAUCGUAUUUCCACAAGGAAGAAGAUUGUACCACCUGUCGCAAUACGGGAGGCUCCAGGCCGUGGUCAUUGUUUUAUAGUGGGUGGUGAGAGCAUUCUGGUGGCCAUUGUCUUACAGUGCUUGGUGGCUGAGGUGCUGGGACGCAGAAGAAGGGGAGAUGUCAGAGCAGCUGCCAUCUGCAAAGGAAGAACCAUUCAAGGAGGUGCUGGCCGAGUGGGAGAACAUUAACAGACUUCUGAAACGUCAUGGCUGCAGCCCUGUCAGUGUAUCCAAAGCCCAAGAUAAGGCCAAUCUCUCAGGGACGGUUCUGUUGGACCAUCAGGCUUCCCAGGCUGUGGCCUCUGCAUUCAAGUCCCUGAUACAAGACACAGAGAGACGGCAGAAUUUGAUUCACGGCCUCAUUCAGUCCAAUAACCAACUCAAAGAGGAUGUUCAACAGCAGCAGGGCCGAGCUGCCCGCCAGGAGCACAGAGCCAGUGACUUACAGAAGAUACUGGACAAUGUUAAAGCCAAAAUCCGGGAUCUAGAGGAUGAUUUUAUCUCUAAGACUCGACAGCAGCAGAACCAAGUGAAGGACCUUCUGAAGGAGAAGCAAGUAGCCAACGAGCAGUGCCAGAAACAGCAGGAGAAGAUGAGGGAACUGGAGGAGAAGGUUGUGCAGCUGAAAAAGCAGCUCUCCCAGGCGCAGACUGUGGAGGAGAAGAGAGUCGCCUCACAGAGGAAAGUCUUUCUGCAGCUCCUGAGCCGCCUCCCCAGAGACAAUAAUGGAACAGAUCAGCAGAUUCUGGAUAUCAUUGGUGGAUAUGAGGGACAGGUGACCCAACUGCAGAAAGAGCUGAAGAGAUAUAAGGUGGCUGAUGUGGAACUGUCUGUCAGGGAGAGAAAAUACUCUGAGGAGUCCUUAAAUCUGGAUACAACCCCCAACUACAGAGCUUUGCUGAAGUCAUAUCAGGAACAAAUGAGAGAUGCAAAAGAGAAAAAGGAGCAGCUUGUUCGAGAGAAUUCACAGAUGCAGCAGGAGUUGGAGGGCAGACCGACUGUCAGGGAGCUCAAACUUUACAAACAGCACGUCCGGAAAAUGGAAAAACUCCUCCGUCAGAACAACAUCAGUUUCCGUGGGAUAAUGCGAGAGAAGAAUGAAAACAAAGCACCUUUGCAUCAGAGCACCCGAGUAGAAGACAUCGAUCAGCUUCCAACAGACGACUGCAGGCGGUACCUCCAGGAAGUUUGCAGGGAGCUCGGCAUCUGCGAUCUGAAGGACCUGAUUCCCGUCUCUCUUUCUAAAGUACGUGAGGCAGAUACGUGCUCCAAGCUGCACAAGAUCCUGAGUGGGAUCGGCUCAGUACUCAGCAGCCCUCGGGCCCCUCAGCUCCUGUUUAAGGCCAGUUCACGAGGUCUUGGGAGUAACACUAUCGAUUCCAAGAAUGAGUUGGACUUUUUGCAUCUGCUGCCAACCAUAGAGAUGUGGGCGGGGCAGCUGCUGUCCCUUAAGGGACUGCACAGGUCUCUCAAAAAGCUUGGUGAGAAGAUCUUGCCCUACGGGCAGCCCAGCAUGGUGCCAGAGGGCCCUGACAGUGUCAGAGUGGAAGAUCUGCAGCUUCUGCUGGAUUCCAUGAUCGAGGAUGUGGAGAGCCGAAAGCAGGACCCAGCCAGUCUCUCCCCACACACACUGUUGGCACUGGUCUCGCAUUUUCAGAAGCUGUUUGAUGUGCCCUCCCUGGGCGGAGUUUACCCACGUAUGAAUGAAGUGUACAGCAAACUGGGGGAACUGAGCAACAUGAUGAAGAGCCUGUGCUGCCUCCUGGGGAUCGGUGGCGUUGCCUCCUCCAGUGCAGUAGUUAAUGCUGUGUGGCGUUUGUGCAGAGACCUAGAAGAAGUAGACAGUCAGAAGCUGCAGCAAAUCCUCGGCACUUUGGACAUUGACAGUGUCAUUAACAAAAUCCAGGAGCAUGAGGAGUUCUUUCCAGCAUUUGAAGGAUUAAUAAAAGCCCUGCUUAACCUCCUGGAAAUUGACCAACUGGAUGAGAUCGUGCCAGAGGUGCGCAGGUUAAAGGCACGAGCGUCGCAUUAGGGGGAUUUACACGAUGAUUUUUAUUAAUAAAUAUUUUUAGUAAAAA